AUGGCGACAGUGGAGUGGCCUACGUCAGCAAAUAGUUGGAUGGCCUGCAGGUAUUGGCGUACAGAAUACACCCAAAGCGUUGACAAUCCAAAUGGGGUAGUGGCCAAAGGGGGCGUAGACAGACGCGAGUUGUUCAGUCGGGAGUGUAGAAAAGCCGGCUGGAACGGACUCAUCUGGCAGUUGGUGUUUCUUCGUCUCUGCACCUCAAAGCGGCCUUCUGAAGUGAAUGCCUAA